AGUAGGCAGAAUGAGCAAAGCUCAUCCGCCAGAGUUGAAAAAAUUUAUGGACAAGAAGUUAUCAUUGAAAUUAAAUGGUGGCAGACAUGUCCAAGGAAUAUUGCGGGGAUUUGAUCCCUUCAUGAAUCUUGUGAUAGACGAAUGUGUGGAGAUGGCAACUAGUGGACAACAGAACAAUAUUGGAAUGGUGGUAAUACGAGGAAAUAGUAUCAUCAUGUUAGAAGCCUUGGAACGAGUAUGAGUAAUGGCUGUGUUCAGCAGAGAAAUCAAUUGCUUCCACAUGUCCCCUCUCCAAAGGGCCUGUUUUAUUACGUAAAAAUCAGGCUAUGUACAUUUCUUCAUAGUUAAUUUUUUUUGUUAAAUAAACUUUUGUAAUAGGCAAAAA